AUGGAAAGGGCAAACCAUUCGGUGGUGUCUGAGUUCAUUUUGCUGGGACUUUCCAAAUCUCAGACUCUUCAGAUUCUAUUCUUCCUAGGAUUCUCUGUGGUCUAUGCUGGGAUUGUGUUAGGAAACCUCCUCAUCUUGGUCACCGUGAUCUUUGACUCACGCCUUCACACACCAAUGUAUUUUCUGCUUAUCAAUCUCUCCUGUAUUGAUAUGAUCCUAGCUUCUUUUGCUAUCCCUAAGAUGAUUGUGGAUUUCCUCCGAAAACAGAAGACCAUCUCUUGGUGGGGAUGUUAUUCUCAGAUGUUCUUCAUGCACCUCCUAGGUGGGAGUGAGAUGAUGUUGCUUGUAGCCAUGGCAAUAGAUAGGUAUGUUGCCAUAUGCAAACCCCUCCAUUACAUGACCAUCAUGAGUCCACGAGUGCUCAUUUGGCUGCUGUUAUCCUCCUAUACAAUUGGAUUUGUGCACUCAUCUAGUCAGAUGGCUUUCAUGUUGAAUUUGCCCUUCUGUGGUCCCAAUGUGGUGGACAGCUUUUUCUGUGACCUUCCCCUUGUGAUCAAACUUGCCUGCAAGGACACCUACCUGCUACAACUGUUGGUCGUUGCUGACAGUGGCCUCCUGUCCCUGGUCUGCUUCCUCCUCUUGCUUGUCUUCUACACGGUCAUCAUAUACUCAGUCAGGCACCAUGCUGCCAGUGGUUUGGCCAAGGCCUUCUCCACUCUGUCAGCACACAUCACAGUUGUGACUCUCUUCUUUGCCCCAUGUGUCUUUAUCUAUGUAUGGCCCUUCAGCAGAUAUUCUGUCGAUAAAAUUCUGUGUUUUACACAAUUUUCACUCCUCUCUUAA